CACCAAGUGUAUGCCGCUCCUUCUUCGGGGUUGUCCAUGUAUGAAUUAGUAACGGACCUAACAUCCUGCACCAAGAUGUAUAACAUUUCAGACGUUCCACCAGAAGUACUUUUGGGGGAUGAUAUUGGAUCAGACCUUCACUCUGUUGUAGCUUUUCUGGGAUGGUCCAAACCUUUUUGUGGAAAUUGUGAAGCAGAAAAUAAGUACUGCCAAUUGAAGAAAAACAGCACAAUCCAAGAUCAAACUGAAUGCCUCGACAUUCUUAUAACUCAACUCAGCUCAAGUACUACUGAUCAUGAGCCAUAUAUAGGUGCAUCCUCACAUUCGCAUAAACAAGUUGUUGCAGGUGAAUAUAUAGGUAUCAUCGCUGGUGUGUUCCUUCUUGUGCUAGUCGUUGUUUCACUGUGUCUUGUUAUCAGGUCAAAUAUAAGAAAGAAAGAGGAUCAAGUGAAGAUUGAAAAUUUUUUGGAGGACUACAAAGCCCUUAAGCCGGCAAGAUACUCUUAUGCUGAUAUAAAGAAGAUUACGAACCAAUUUAGGGAUAAACUGGGCCAAGGAGGUUAUGGAACCGUGUUCAAAGGAAAGCUUUCAAAUGAUAUAUUCGUUGCGGUCAAGGUUCUUAAGAGUGUCAAAGGAAAUGGAGAAGAGUUCAUCAAUGAAGUGGGCACAAUAGGCAGAAUACACCAUGUCAAUGUGGUUCGCCUUGUUGGAUACUGUGCUGAUGGAUUUAGAAGGGCUCUUGUUUACGAGUUUUUACCGAAUGAUUCCCUGGAAAAGUUUAUACCAAUGGAAAAUCAAAAACGUGUCCUCGGGUGGGAUAUGCUGCAGAAAAUUGCUCUGGGGAUAGCCAAAGGAAUUGAGUAUCUUCACCAAGGGUGCGACAAAAGAAUCCUUCAUUUUGAUAUUAAGCCUCAUAACAUCUUGUUGGACCACAACUUUAAUCCGAAGAUCUCUGAUUUUGGUCUGGCAAAGAUGUGUUCCAAGGAUCAAAGCAUUGUGUCCAUGACUACUACUAGAGGCACCAUUGGUUAUAUUGCACCAGAAGUGUUCUCAAGGAAUUUCGGAAAUGUGUCAUAUAAAUCAGAUGUCUAUAGUUUUGGAAUGUUGUUGCUUGAAAUGGUCGGAGUGAAGAAGAAAGUUGAUGUCGGAGCAUCAGACACCAGUGAAUCCUACUUCCCAGAGUGGAUUUACAAUAGUUUGGAUCAAGAGAAAGAAUUGGAAAUCCAAGUUGAGGAAGAAGAUGAUACAAAGAGAGCAAGGAAAUUGACAAUUGUGGGACUUUGGUGCGUUCAGUGGCACCCAGUAGACCGGCCUGCAAUGAAAACUGUGAUUCAAAUGCUAGAAGGAGAAGACAAUUUGAGCUUGCCACCAAAUCCUUUUGGCUCUACAAAUCCAAUGAAUACGGGUGCAACCAUGUUUUCAAGAACAUUUAACAGCGAGCUUGAAACCAUUUCGGAAUUGGAGUGAGAAAUAUUGUUAGUGUUUUAGUAGUGCAAUAAUGCUGCUAGUACUGUAAGUCAUCUGACAACAUGGGAUGUUUGAAUUUGGAUCCUCUUAACUAUAAUUUCUCUUGAUUUUUUUCGAUUUUGGUCUACUUACUAAUACCUGAUUGGUGAUCUACUAUUGAAAAAACUGAGAGAGGUAUAUCAUAUGAUUUUUUAAUCAAGAGAAGUUAUGCUU